AUGGAACACCAAUAUCUUGACAUCUCCAUUGCUCCCGCAGACACUGCUUUUGGUCUAAUGGCCGACUUUGAUGCAGACACUCACCCAAGUAAAGUAUCUCUUAUUGCUGGCGCAUAUCGCGAUGAAAAUGGGAAUCCCUGGGUUCUACCCAGCGUCAAAAAGGCAAUUCAACCGCAACGCAAAAAUGUCCAGGCAAAGGAACGCCUUGGCGAGACCACCCACGAAUACCUAGGCAUAGCAGGCUCCCCACUUUUCAUCAAGCUGGCACAAGAUCUCAUCUUCGGGCCUGUCGCACCUAGGCUUGACAACAUAGCAUCAGUGCAAACAGUCUCCGGUACAGGGGCAAAUCACCUCGCAGCCACAUUCCUAGCCCGCCAUCUCCGCCCAAACCACGUCUUCAUCCCUGAUCCAACAUGGAUCAAUCAUAAGGCAAUUUGGGAGAUGGCUGGAGUAGCAGUUUCAGAGUAUCCUUACUACUCUUCUGUCACGAAAGAGGUUGACAUGGUUAGGAUGCUGAAUGCGUUGGAACAGGCCGAGCCUAACGACGUCAUCAUCCUGCAAGCCUGUGCACACAACCCCACUGGAAUCGAUAUGUCAAAGUCUCAGUGGAUGCAAGUCGCCGAUUUGGUCCGGCGAAAGAACCUAUUCGUUGUCUUCGACAGUGCGUACCAAGGUUUCGCGACCGGCGAUAUCGACGGCGACGCGUGGGCAGUUCGCCAUUUCAUGGACAAUCUCCUCAAAUCCGAAACACACCCGGGUUUGUGUGUGGCGCAGUCAUUUUCGAAGAAUUUUGGACUCUAUGGCGAGCGCGUCGGUGCUUUGCAUCUGGUUGUGCCGAAGGACUUUUCGGCGCGGGGUGCGCUUAGUGAACUGACGGCGAUCGCGAGGGCGGAGUAUUCCAAUCCACCACGUUUUGGGGCAAGGAUUGUUGAAAUAAUCCUUGGGGAUGAGGAGUUGACAGCGCAGUGGAAAGUGGAUUUGGAGACGAUGAGCUCGCGAAUCUGGAGUAUGAGGCGUGAUAUGAAACAGAGACUGGAAAUAGAGACGGAGGAGGAUUGGGUACAUCUUGAGAAGCAGAUUGGAAUGUUCAGCUAUACUGGGCUGCGCAAGGAGCAGGUUUAUCGACUUCGAGAUGAGUUUCAUGUCUAUUUGUUGCCUUCGGGGAGGAUGAGUUUGUGUGGGUUAAAUGAUGGCAAUGUCCAAUACGUGGCGUAUGCCAUUGGCCAAGUCAUGAAGACCUGA